ACAUUGUUUUCUCAAUGGCUAACGCUGACGCUGAUUUUACGAAAAUAGUGGGAGUGAUCUUGCGUACAAACAAAAACACGGAAUCGCAGUGAAAGGGCGUUGCACAAAUGAGAGUGUUUUGGCAAAAUGCCCGGGCAAGUUUUAAUUACGUUUAGCAGUGCCUAGAAGGUAAAGUGCGCGACGCUGAAAACGCGAAAAUCGCAACAAACACAAACGCGGAAAUCGAAAAGUGAAAAACCAAAACGCAGACAGCGAACUUUGGACACAGACAAUUGCAAACACACAGAGGGAAAACAAAGAAAAACCGAGAAAAUGUCGGCGCAGCGACUAAACGCAGCAGAGCGGGAUCUGGAGAAGUUCAUCAAGUUCCUUGUUUUGAAAUCCACCCAGGUGGUGGUUCAAUCCCGGCUGGGCGAGAAGAUGCAGACGCAAUGCAAUCCGCUGGCGGGCAGCGAUUGGUUCAACAUUGCCGUGCAGGACCAUCCGGAGGUCCUGGAUGAGACGAAGAGAGCCUUAAAUUUAAAGACUGGGGAGAGCAUCCUGCAGCGCUUGCCGUUGUGCGUGGAAAUCUCGCUAAAGACUGCCGAGGGCGACCAGAUGGUCCUCGAGGUGUGGUCCCUCGACCUCGUUCAAUCCCAGAACGGGUCCUCCCCAGUCGCCAACGACCUGAACCCCGACGGUCAGACUCUGAAGGCGGCCCACGCCAUCUACAACCGUAUGGGAAUUAUGCUCAAGUCCCUCAUCUCCCUGACCCGCACCACGCCCGCCUACAAGUUGUCGCGUCGUCAGUGCUCUGACUCGUACGGUAUCUUCUACAGGAUCUACGUGGACAGGCCGCAGGUGCACACCCUGGGCGAGGGCCACAAGCACGUGAAGAUCGGCCAGCUGAGCACGAUUGUGGGCUCACUGGUCAUGUCCGUGGCCUACCGCACCAAGUUGACCAUUUCGCCCACGGCAGCGCAGGCAGAGAGCAACACCAUCAUGCUGAAGUCGGAUCACUUCAGGCCCGCCACAGAUGCCAGCACACCGAACAACCAGCAGCAAGUCCAAAACGGCACUGCUGUGGCCAAGAAACUGGGCUUGGGUGCCCUAAAUCCCGGCCAGGGCUCUGGCGAUCGACGCUUUAUCGACAUUGAGAAGCCUCUGCGACCGGGAGCCUUCACCGAUAUGGGCAAACUAAAGCAGUACACCGAGGACGACUUUGUGCUGCCCGAAACGCCGCCUUUCGAGUGGCUCCUGCGUGGACGUGGCUCUGUGGAGUCUCUCAACCGCCUGGACAACAAUACCAACGGCAGUUUGCUGAGCAUCAAUAACAACAACAAUACACAGGACAGUAAAUUUAACCAGAGCAGCAAUCUCAACAAUAACUCGGCGGGCUUCAAGAGUUUCGAGAAGAACUCCGGAAACUCGGUGUCACCCAUCAAGAGCCUGCUAAUCCCCGCCAGUGCAACAGCAACGUAUCGUCACCAUUCGGAACCGGCGCUUCAGCCAACGCCAGACGAUGACAACCUGCUCAAGGAGCUGCACUUCCCCUUCGCCUCGCCCACCUCGCAUGUCAACGAUCUGGCCAAGUUCUACAGGGAGUGCUAUCAUGCGCCACCGCUCAAGGGUCUCAACGAACUGCAGGCAGAGAUCUCUUCAGUUUGCUCGACCUCACCCGUAACCAAUGGCUCCAGCGGAGGAGCAGCGUGUGGCCCAACUGCGGCGGCCGCUGCAGUUGCCACCAGUGCCGCAGAUGCCAGCGCCAUGGAUGAUCUGUCCCGCCAACUGGAGCAGUUCGAGACCUCGCUGGAGGACUACGACAAGCUGGUCUCGCAGUUCGGGCUCACGGGCUCCUCGUCGACGGGCAGUCGCAGCAGCGGCGGCCUCCAAAUGAGCAACUGAUUUGGAUUAUAACCCCAGAAGUGUCAUUAGUUAGUCCUUAUUUGUAUGAGGGCGGUCAGCUUAAGAAAGGCAAGGAAAAGUUAAGGGGAAAACAUAGGAAAACUGCCUAGGAAACCAUGGGUCUAGGGCUCAUUAUUUGAAGAAAAGAUUUUUUAAUAUUUGAAGUAGAUCAGGAAGAUACAAUUGAUAAAAUAAACUAAUUUUCUGAUAAAAGAUUUGAUUUGAACAAUUUUGUAAUUUAAAUUUUUAUUUUUAAACGGAAAUCGCUCAGUAAUUUGAUGCAGUUUGUUCCUUAUCAGCUAGAAAAUGGUUUAUGUUUAUCAGCAAUUUUCCUGAAUGAUAGAAAAGAAGCUUAGACCAAUCGUUUCCGUUGAGCCCUUGCUGAAGAAUGUCCAAAGAUUGUCGGCAAGAAAUUUGACCCGCCCCACUAUUUAUGUAUGCCAUUGUGUUAAGUUGAGUUAAUAGGCUGCUAUUUAUUAUUAUCAGUUAUGUAAAUACUAUAUAUAAGCUUUUGUAGGCUCUGGUCCAUCUAAGUUGUACAUAGGAGUAGAGAGCUCAUGUCACGUUUCAAAGUUUCCGAUGCAGCAGUUUAGCACCAGCCACAAAUACAUAAAUAGGUGACACAUGCAUACGGAUAUAGACGGCUAUAUCUUGUGCAUAUGGUAGUAAGUUGGGCGUACUCGUCGCUUGUUUGUUUGUUUGUUUCUUUGUUCAAGUGCCUUUCGCCUGCUUGUAAGUGAAAAAAUCGUGUACAUACAUAAAUAACUAUAGAUAACAGCAAUUAAUCAAAAAGCCAAAAGGUUUAUUUUUGCUGUAAACGAGUUAAAAAUUUAAGUAAAGAAAAAUAAACCGUACUGUUUGAUCUAUGCAAAUGCAUAGCCAAUAAUCGAAAGAGCGAAACUAAUCGAAAGACUUGAAGCGUAACGAAAUACAUAUAUCUAUCUUAACUUAGUUGGUACGGUCAGGAAGUUGAAAAGAACAGCUAGUGUUUUCUUUUAUCUUUAAUCGUUGGUCGCUGUUGCUUAUUUAUUGGUUUUGAAAUUGCAAAAUUAUGCCUACAUAUGGAAAUCGAAGUUCGAGUAUACAUAUUUAAAUACGCUAAAAAUAAGAGAAUAAGAACAUUUAUACAUAUAAAAACUGAAUAAAAGCAAUUGUUAAUCAAGACACUAA